AUGAGCAUAGCCGGAUUUUCCACGGGCAAAUCGGAGUCCUUGGGCGACUUUUCUGGUGUUGGUGGAGAACAUGUGAGCUCUCAUGGACAUCUUGGAUGGUUUGUCACUGGUCUUUUCGUUGUUGGAGAUCUUGCUGGUGGAGGACUUGUCGCUCUUCCUACGGCUAUGAUUCAAUCUGGAUUUUGGGGAGGACUUGUCAUUUCCCUUGUGAUGACUCUCGUCGUCACCUAUACUGCUUACGUUCUCGGACUCUCAUGGAAUAUUUUGCUUGAUAGAUGGCCCGAAUAUCACUCACAUUGUCGCAAGCCUUAUCCCGAGAUUGGUUAUCGUGCUCUUGGAGUCAAUAUGCGAAGGAUAGUCUCUGUUUGCAUUGAUGUCACUCAGUUCGGUGUCGCCGUCGUUUAUUUGCUGCUUUCAUCGAAAAAUAUUCACGAUUUCUUGAAGGCUUUUGUCAAGUCUGACCUUUCAUUCUGCAUUGUGAUUCUCUGCUUAGCUGUUUGCCUUCUCCCAGUCACUUUUCUCAAGUCACCAAAUGAUUUCUGGUGGGCCGUCGUGAUUGCAAUGAUGACAACCAGUAUGGCAGUAAUGCUGAUCCUCGUUGGAGCAUCGAUCGACUACGAGAAAUGUCACAAAGAAAAAGCCAUGCCCGAUUUCCACAUCACAAACUACUUCUUGGCGUUGGGCACUUUCCUUUUCGCGUACGGAGGACACUCAGCUUUUCCCACGAUUCAACACGAUAUGAGACGACCGGCUGAGUUCACAAAAUCUGUCAUCCUUGCAUUCUCAAUUAUGGCUGUUAUGUAUUUCCCAGUUUGCAUCAUGGGUUAUAUUGUCUACGGAAAUUCGGUUCAAGAUUCGAUCAUUAAUUCGAUUCAGCUCACUGGAAUUCAACAAGCCAUCAAUAUUCUGAUCACAGUUCACUGCAUUUUGACGCUAACCAUUGUCUUCAAUCCACUUAUGCAGGAAGUUGAGGAAAUCUUUCGAGUGCCACAACAUUUUGGAAUUGGUCGCGUUGUAGUCCGAUCGGGUAUCAUGGUUUGUGUGGUGAUCGUCGCAGAAACCAUUCCUACUUUUGGGCCAUUACUUGAUCUUGUUGGUGGAUCAACGCUGACACUAACAUCGGUCGUUUUCCCGUGUGUCUUCUAUCUCUGGCUAGCGGCUGCUCAGAAAAAAGCUGAAGACAAGAAGUGUCCCGAUGAUGGACCAUGCUCGUUCUCUGAGAUGGUCCACUACACUCCAAGAAAAACGCUUUUCAUUUGCGGUUUCAUCACUGUCUUCGGAUUGAUUGGCGGUUGUGCAGCCACAUAUUCAGCUAUUAAAGAGCUAACCACAUCAUCUGUAUUCACAACACCUUGCUAUGCUCAAGGACGAGGAUUUGUGCACACGACCGGUGACAGCGGGCACACGAAUUGCUGUGGACGGUGUCAAAACGUUAAAACGCACAGUGAUGUCAAAUGCUCAGACACUAAACUCGAUUUCUACCAUGAUACACACGAUUGGAGUGUUGUUUGUGCGAAUACAACAGCUGCGAAUCUUAUCACAAGCACGGUGGCCAACCAGCUUAUCAAUGGACUUUUUGGAUUCAAU